AUGCAUCUGAGCAUCAUCUACACAGCGGCUCUGGUGGCUGCCAUCUCCCCGGCUUUGGCAUUCUGGCGUCUGCCUUGCCAGGGGCGUUUGGGUGUUGCUCGUCUAGAUCCUCUCGUCAAUCCUGGCCAAAUUGCACCUCACGCCCAUGUUGUCCACGGUGCUAGCAACUUUGGUAUGACCGUCACCACUGAUGAUCUCUUGAAAUCCCACUGCACAUCUUGCGCCAUAAAGCAGGAUAAAUCCAUCUAUUGGACCCCAGGAGCCUACUUCAAGUAUCCCAAUGGAGAAACCGAAUUAGUGGAGCAAGUCGGUGGUAUGCUUGUCUACUAUCUGCCGCGCGGAGAGGGAGUCAAGGCAUUCCCCAAGGGCUUCCGCAUACUUGCUGGAGAUCCCUACCUGCGCAACUUCACUUGGCCAGUCCCCGACCCUCCAAAGUCCUCUUGGUCAAAGUACGAGUCCACACAAUUCGCCCUGUCCCAAAAGGCUGUAGGUUUCAACUGCCUGAACUAUGCGGGCACUCCCGAACCAACUCUCUACCGCCACACCAUGCCAUCCAAGAAAUUCAUUGAUGAAAACUGUCCUAACGGCAUUCGCAUGGAGAUUUUCUUCCCAUCCUGCUGGAAUGGCAAGGACCUUGACACUGACGAUCACAAAUCACACAUGGCGUAUCCCAAUCUCGUUGAGGAUGGUGUCUGCCCCGAGGGCUUCAAAACGCGCCUUGUUUCUCUCCUAUACGAAACCAUCUGGAAUACCGCUAAAUACAAGGGCAUCGAGGGUGAAUUUGUGCUCUCCAACGGCGACCCGAACGGAUGUGGCUACCAUGCCGACUUCAUCGAAGCUUGGGAACCCGGCGUCCUCGACGAUGCCGUGAAGUCAUGCAAAAACCCCUCCGGUCGCGUCGAAGACUGCGGCGUCUUCAACCUGCAAUCCGAGGCUGAACAAAACAAGUGCAAGUUCAAAACGCCCUCCCCCAUCGCUACUGAAGGCUGCAAGUUCUCCAAGAAUGGCCUUCCCGGCGCUGUUGAGAUUUUACGCGGUCCCCAAUAUGCGAAGGUAGUCACUCCCAAGAUCGACAUUAUAGCUGCCGAUGUUCCCAAGGUCAACGUCAAUAUCCCCGUCAAUAACGCUCCUACCCCUUCACCCUCCCCCGUAGUAUCCUCUUCUUCCAGGCCACAACCACCUCCACCAGCUCCGACCACCACCACACGUGCCCCUGCUCCCGCGCAGUUCUUCGCCCCCUCCGAGAAUGCCGGCGAUGGCGAUGGCGAUUCCGUUCCCAUUUCCACCAGAACAUACACCGAAGGCAAUGUUGUUUAUGAAGUCGUCAUCGUGGAAGAAAAGGUCACUACUACCAUUGAGGUUCCCGCUGGAGCUACGCCACCUGCUGGAGGCAAGGUUCUGAGGAGAGCGAGACGCCAUGCGCAUGGCCAUCGCCAUUAG